AAGGUAAUUGAAACCAACCUUAAGCUCCUUUUAUCUCCACUCUAAAGGUAGCCCUGAUUAUUGCUGACUUAAGCAUUGGAGUGUCUACCCCGAGAACCCACCUCGGGGCUUUGCAGGAAGCAAUUUCAGUACGUUGAACAGCACUUCCAAGAAAAGUGUCAAAGCUAUAUUUUGCCAUGAGAGAGCAUUUUGAAGAAGCUGAAGGUCACAAUCCUGGAGAUAUCUCAAUUACUGAUCUUCAUGGCCUUCUAAAUCUGAAAAAGGAAAUUUGUGAGGCAAAUUCGUUAAAGGAAUCUCAUGUUCCUAAUGCACUCGUAGAAAGAUUGGUAAAGUAUAAAUGGAAGUUCCCUCCAGUUUGUGACAUCAUCGGAGGGUUCCUUGGACCGGUGGGGGUGAUCAAAGCAAUAUCAGGCGAAGGGGAUGUGCUAAAGAAUUUUUUUUCCUUUGAUGCCCUGGAAGGAAAAGGCUUGAUAGAGGACAUAUCAAAUGCUAACACCAACAACUGAGUAUCUUUGUCUUGCCGUUACCAAAUUGCUUUGUUGGAAACAACACUUGCUGAUGUAGUUUUAUAGAAUUGACCAACCAUCAUCAGUUGAAUUAUUAAUUUUGUGUUGUCACUGGCCUGAAACAAAAAUGUUGUCAAUUAAUCUUAGAAAUUGUG